AUGUUAUCACCCGAAGACCCACCAGAGUCAAAAUCUCCCACAUCAGCCCAGGCAAUAGAAGAACGUCGGGAAUGCUUGGGCUCCGGCCGCACAUCAUCAGAGUCGGAAGCUGACCCAGAAACACGGGCAUUACAAGCCAGAACCACCAAUGCUCGACGCAGAACAGCAGCAGCUUCAACCACAGGGGGAACCUGGUCGCAAACAGCAGGAGGCUCUGCAGCUACCCCAGCACCCAGCACAGCCGGGACACAAGGCGAGGGCGCAGGGUCAGGCGCAGCAGCAGGAGAAGAGGAAGAGAAAGACGUCGACGACACGCAGAGACCACCCGGAAGAUCCAUGGGAGCAGCUGGAACAGCAACCGGAGCAAGAAGACAACAACCGGAGGGUAGAGAGACAGGCUUAGUACGUAGUGUGGAUGGCAGGAUGAUCCUGCCAUCCACCACACGAUCCCAGGUCCUGCCAUCCACCACACCCCAGGUCCUGCCAUCCACCACACGAUCCCAGGUCCUGCCAUCCACCACACGAUCCCAGGUCCUGCCAUCCACCACACCCCAGGUCCUGCCAUCCACCACACGACCCCAGGUCCUGCCAUCCCGAUAG